AUGGUGGGCCCUCUUCAGUCGCCAGGAGCGAGCGCUUCCAUCCCCAUCACCAAACCAGACAACGAUGCCAAGCACAACGCAUGUUUCAUAAAGACCGGGGCCGAAGAUAUUGCUGGGCACCAUACGGACUUCGUCGUGCAGCCGUUCUCAGACCGCAUCUUUAUCAUAGUCACGCAGCUGGGAAAGAUGGGAACAAUGAUUUCCGCAGAAAAGGAAUGCGCAAUUGGGGGGGCGCAGUCUUACAGCGUCACAGUAUUGAUGGGCAAACGCGAAGUUCCUGAGCUGGAACUUUGCGCCCGUCAGGUGCUCGAACUGAUCGAAAAUGACGGCUGUGCAAAGCCGCUGCUGAUAUCCCUCGCGUUGAAAGAUCAUUCAAUUGAAACGAUAAAAGCCGUCAUCGCGAAAGUCAAGAGCUUACGGGCGUGGUGAGAAUCGUUGAAGAGGAUGUGGUUGAGCGUGUUCAAUCAAUGCACGAACAGAGAUUUUUGGGCGUGGUGCCAAGGGUUACACUGGUGUCAUAUUGCUACUUUCACGUUCAGUGAUGGUGAAAAGUUGGUUCCGUGCUAUCUGUUCACACGGUUUGUCGCGGGUCUCUCAGACUGCUCGAAUCCCUUUUUCUUUCCCAUCGCAACCGGACUUUCCCCUUCCUCAUGGGCUUAUUUUAUCUAACGCGGCCGUCUCAUAGCUGCACAUCAAAGCGCGAUAGAGUUUCUACACGAAGACGCGGAACAUGUCUUGAAGAUAUUUCAAUUGAGCAAUCGUUGCCGAAACGACUUGCAGUGGCAGUGUUAUUAUGCCUCUUGAAAAUAUCGUAAAAACUGACGGGCUUCUUGCCUAUUUGUCGACAUCAUAA